UGUAAUUUCCGAUUCGCACAUUAUUUCUAUAUUUAUAUUUUUAAUAAGACUGGUAAUUAAACUAAUUAGCACGGUUUUGCUAUAUAUACAAUACGUUUCAUCUCUAAAUCUAAGUCAGUUCGUUUGUGAUCUUCUACAGCCAUGUUCAAGCAAUUGUUCCUUGUUUUCGCCGCACUUGUGUUGGUCGCCAGUGAGGCGCAGUACAACUACGGAUCUUACCCCUACAAUCAGUAUCAGUACUCCGGCUACCCUUACAACUACAACGGUUACAAUGGGUACAGCGGUUACGGGGGGUACUCUGGAUACAAUAAUUACCCUUACAACUCUUACAGUGGAUACAAUAGAGGCUAUUCGGGACAGUAUUACUAGACCGAAACAUCAGUAAAAUCGAAUUUUCUAUUGUAAACGACACUUAAUACUCAAUAAAUGGUAUCAUAGUUCUCUCAA